CAAGGCUCAAGCGGCCUGACCGAACCGAUAUCGCCAUGUGGAAGUCCAUCCUCACCUUUGCAGCCCUCGUGGCAAACGCUGCGAACGCUGCGAGCAGCGCCGCUUCCACUUGCGACAGCUACGAAGAGGCGACCUUGUUGCAGCUGCCGCCGCUCUCACCCGAUGAACAGGAUGAAAAGGAGACCACGGAGAGGAUUGAGGAGGAACACAAAAGGACUCUGGCAGCGGAGACGGCAUCGGAGACCGGAGAGGCGACCGUGGACGGCGACUCCGCCGAUGCCACGGUGUCAACGGCGUCCAUGACGUCCGGCAAUCGGCCCAAAUGUGUAAAGGACGGAAAGUAUGGCAUCAUUGUGGUGGACAUGCAGAACGACUUUGUAGAGGCCGAUGGUUCUCUGCCGGUGGCAGGAGCGGAAGAAAUAAUUCCCACCAUCAACAAGUUGGUCAAUGAGUUGGAAUGGGACUUUACAACUUUCACGGAGGACUUUCACCCUCGGGACCAUAUCUCCUUUGCUGUCAAUAGUCCUUUGAAGAAGGAACCCUUUGACUUUGUGACCUUGAGCUACGACCAAUCUCUGAAGAUCUGCGGCACAGAGUAUGAAAGCAUCUAUGGGCCCAUGGCGGCAGGCGACUGCAGUGAAAAGAUCACGCUGGCAUCGUUUGAGCAAC